AUCUCACUGCGGGAAUGGCCACGGUAUGUAGCACAGUUUUGACGUCUUCGCACACAACGCAUUGUGCUUCUACCUACACUGCGAAAGUUUAAGUGAAAUCCGCAAAACGCGAAGGGUGAAUUUUCUGUGCAAUAUGUGUGUGCCGUAGACGCUGGGGUGACUCGUGCAAACGGUAGUGAAUUUCGAACCAUCCUGCUGCAUCUUCCGGUUCCGGCGUGUGUGUGUGUGCGUAGUGCAACGGAAACAGUGGAGUUGGACGCGGGUGGCCGCACCGUACACGAUACAAUACACCCCGAGUGCGCUCAUCACACUGGCGGAUUGGCCAGCCGGAACCGAUUCUGCUGUGUGUGUGUGCGUGUGCCAGGGUUGCUGCGCUCAUCGAUUUUUGUUGCUGUUGUUGUUGCUUCUUGUGAUGUGCCCGUAGUGUGUCUCACCCGUGUGUUCCCGGGAUCGGAGUUUUUGGGUCCGUCGAUUGCGUUUUGCACUGAAAACGCGACAUCGAAUGCGAACUGUGGCUCGUUGAGGCCCAUUCGAAUUUUGUGUAUAGUUUUGUGCAAGUGACUGUGGGUGAAGAGUUUUGUGGUAAUAUAUUUUAUUGUGCGUUAGAAACAACAAACCAAAUAGUACGAGUUAUAUAAAGAAUUAUAAACAAACAAAAGUGUUUAACAAACUCAUAAAACAUGUUACCAUUGUAUGCAGCGUGAAUAAAACAUAUUUUUAACGUUGGACAUUGUGCAUUUAUGUUCAAAUUAUGCAGUGAAAAUCAAAGGGAAAAUAUAGAUCUUCAUGCGCAAAACGAUCAUCUGAAGCCCAACUUUAAUAUUCGGUAUCAGCAAGGGACGAUUUCAUCAUAAUUCAACCAGCUAUUCAACCAGUAAGAGAAGCACCGCUACAAAGAUGUCUAAACAGGAUACGGCAACGUUCUUUUCGCAAGGCACGUCAGCACAGUUCGACUACGUGCUGGCUCUAUAUCCGGAGGUGUUAAAGUUAAAGGCAGAAAACAAAUGCAAAAAACCGGACGAACUGAUCCGGCUGGACGACUGGUACCAGAACAAACUGCCCCAGCUGAUCAAGAAGCGUGGCAAGGAUCAGUACAUUGUGCACGAGGAGCUGGUAAAAACCAUGAAGUGGAAACAAACUCGCGGCAAGUUUUACCCACAGCUGUCCUAUCUGAUCAAAGUAAACACACCGCGAGCGGUGCAGGCGGAAACGAAAAAAGCGUUCCGCAAACUGCCCAACCUGGAACAGGCCAUUACAGCGCUAUCGAAUCUGAAAGGUGUCGGUACUACGAUGGCGUCUGCUUUGCUUGCUGCGGCCGCCCCAGAAACGGCCCCUUUCAUGGCGGACGAGUGUCUGAUGGCAAUACCGGAGAUUGAAGGCAUUGACUAUACGACGCGAGAGUACAUGAACUUUGUGCAACACAUCCAGACUACGACAGAUCGAUUAAAUCGCGAAUGUCAUCCAGCUGACAGCUUGUCCGUACAACCGACCGGUAGUAACAAAGCAUCACCCCACAAAAGAACGGGAAAUGGAACGGUCACUAAAGAUGGUAACAUGGACGAUAGCGGUUCGAGUUGUUCCGAUGACGAUUCAUUAAGUACAGCGCCUGCAAAAAAGAACAAGCCCGAUACAUCAAAGCCGGAACUGCAGCCUCAUGAGAAAAAGUGGUCCCCACACAAGGUAGAGCUUGCGCUCUGGACACAUUAUGUUGCCAGUGAGUUACAGCCGGACAUACUGGAGCACAUACCAGAAAAUGGGAAAUCUGUCACCGAUGCAAUGUCCUCCAAUGCGGUAGAUCUUAACAAACCCGCGUCACCCACCAAACCUCCCCAAUCGGAAGAGUCCAUGACAACUAACGGAAAUUCCACCAAUGUAGUCCUCACGCAAAAUAACCACGUAAGCGAAGAACCUUCGGACGAUAGUAACUGUGACACGGAGCACGAGAAAAGUGCACUCGGGUCCGACGAAUCGUCCAAGGAUCACAAAUUCGCCCUCGAUAGUUUGGAUGAUUUGACGAAGUCGGAGGACAGUAUGGAGCGGGCCAAUAUUACCGGAACCAACACCGGCAAAAAAAUCCUUGGAGGAAAUACGCGAAGGAAGACUGCACAUAACAGUGAACUUGUUGCGAUGUCAGCAAUGGUAGUCAGUGAUGAUUCGCUCAGUAGUCCCAGACCAACGAUCGAGGAAAAACCAAACAGUUCCGGUGAGGAGGAUGAAGACGAAGACGAAGCAGUUUCACCUCCCAGCAAGAAGACUAAGGUUGACUAAAAGUCUACUGUAACCGUAGUGCUAAGGCAGUUUGCUGUAAGCGAUGCUCGUUUUUUUCUUUUCGCAACGAUACACUCGAGAUACCUGCAGCUUGUGAAGGUGAUGUGUACCGUCUCUUUGGUAGAUGAUCUGCCGUCUUUAAAUAAUUUAUUCCCUUUAAGAAAAGCUUAAGAAAAGCCAGAAUGGAGCAAGGAGCGACUACUAUAGAAAUACAGUUUUGUUUACUUGAACUAUAGUUUUUGGUCCAAUAUUAAGCAAAUGUAGCAAAUUUGUAGGACUCUACUGCCAUAGACAUUCCACCUUUUAUUUUGGUCGAUCCAGGCGAAGGAUAAAAAUUAUACCUCAUUUCUUCAAUUAGCCCUCUUUUGUUUCAUUGAAGAACAUUAGCCAUAGGCGGUCAAAUCUUGCAAAAAAAAUAGUUUUAUCUAUAAACAAACCAUUGUAAAACAUAUUUAAGAGGACAUGAAUGUCGACAUACCUCUUCAAGUAUAUUUAAUCCUACAUAGAUUUGAAAGAAAUUUUAUUUCAAUUUUCUGUUCCCGCGAAGAAAUUCUGUAUUUAAUUUUUGUGUAUUUUCACUUUUAGUUAAUUUUCCUAUUACGAAAAACAAAUGGUUUUAUUUAUUAAAUAUGUUGUGAAAUAUUAAAUAUCGUAUUCAUUAUUUUAUAACUUUGGAUUGUAUAAGCGUAUAAUACUUUUAUUACAUAAUCCCUUUAAAAAUGAUGCCAACUUCAUGGAAAAAACACCCAUAGGUUUAUAAAAAAAACUUCUAAUGUACCAAAUUUAGGCUGCACAAGCAGAGCCCGGAAAGGCAAAAAAACUGGCGAUACAAUAGUUGAAAGCUAUACCAUUCUAGUAAAAACAAAAAACAAUUAUUUGAAAUACAAUUAUUAUGGUAGACAUCACAGCCGCAAGUACACGCAUAUACAAAAUCAUUAGAAACUAGAAAUCAAACUAGCGUAAGUGAUUAGAGAAAGGAAACACAGUUGAUAAAUAUGUAGCAACUGAAGAUAAAUUACGAACAAGAACAAAAAUUAAAAAACAGCCCAUAAAACAUGCUUUGGAAAAACAGACAAAAACCCGAAAAAUCACAAACAGCCUUUCAACUGUGACAGAAGAAGAUGCAAUGGGCCAAAGUAAUACUUCGUAUGAAACUGGAAACAAAACUUCACAUAAACCAGCAAGAGAAAACGGAAACUGAACAAGAACACAUAAAAAGCAAACAAACAGUAAAGAAAAACAAUUGACAAAAAUAAGAAAAGCAUGUACACUUGAUAAAAGAUUGUAAUAAAAGGCAAACACAUACUAACGAAAGAA